CAUCUGCAUCACCCGUAUAUGGAACGAGCACGUGAAGAUACAAAGAACUGUACGUGCUGUCAUCGCGAAGGGGAGACAACUCCAGCGACUGUGUGGUGCCCGGUAUGCGAUGACGCCCUGUGUGAUGUAUGUGCUAGGGCACACAGUCGCAUCUCAUCUACUCGUCAUCACGAUACAACUGCCCUGACUAGUGAGGCCAUUAUCCCCAGGAAACGAAACAUUAAGUGUAAAGAACACAAGGAUGAAAACAUCAAAUUCCUGUGCAAAGAUUGCAAGAAAGUCACCUGUCACACCUGUUGUGUUAUCUAUCACAGGAAAUGUGAGUCAGUUGUCACACUGGAGUCGGAAUUACCUGCAUUAAAGUCCCAGCUGUUGAAUAAGAAGGAAACUAUUUGGAAGAAGCAAAUCCAAAUGGAAGCCAAAGUUGAUGCUGUUAAAGUGAACGUCGUUUCUGAGAAAGAUCGAUAUGCAAGAAUGGAACAUGACAUCAAGUCUUUGGUAACAACGCGAGAGAAAAAGAUAACUUUCAUGGAAAAAUAA